CUCGGGCGUUUGAGAGGGAACCGGGCUUUGGCCUCUGCCGGUUCCGAACCUUCACCUACCUUUCAUCCGCAUAUUAUGCUUCGGCAGUUAUUUUUAAUUUUGUGUUCAGCCAUUAGCUUUAACGCCACUUCUCAUGAAGUCUUUGAGUCCCGAAGCCCUUAACUUCGGCGAACCCCAUUCUCCUCCCUUCUCCCCCAAUUCUGAAGUCUUUGAGAGUUUACAGAAACCUGUUCACAAGAAUGGCAUCCUGGUUAUAUGAAUGUCUUUGUGAAGCUGAACUUUCACAGUAUUAUCCUCAUUUUACUGCCCUUGGCCUUCAGAAAAUAGAUGAAUUAGCCAAGAUUACAAUGAAAGACUACUCCAAAUUGGGAGUCCAUGACAUGAAUGACCGCAAACGUCUCUUCCAACUUAUCAAAAUCAUUAAGAUUAUGCAGGAAGAAGAUAAAGCAGUCAGUAGCCCAAAGCAUUCUCUUCAGACAAACAGCCUAUGUACCAAGCCUUGCAAACUCGGAUCUGGCCCUCGAAGACAACUGAAUUUUGAUUCUCCUACUAACAACAAAAGUAGAACUGCCAGCAAUGUUGGGUUUGAAAUGUGCCAUUUAUCAAAUUUCUCUACAAUUGAACAGAAGCCUACUCACUUAAAAGUUCUGGAACACAUGCUACCAGAUGAUUCCCAGUACUGUACAAAAACAAGAAUUCUGAAUGCCACAGCUGCUGAUUCCUAUGUGCAAACAGAAAUUAACACUUCAUUCUUUUCAUCAAACCACUUUUCUCCAGUACUGGGAAAUUGUGAUAUUCCCAUUAUUCAAAGAAUCUCUCAAGAUUCAGGAUAUAAUUAUGGAAUUCCUCAUUCCUGUAUCAGACACAACGCCUCAGAAAAAGAGAAUCCUUGGACUGAGAUGGAGAAAAUCAGAGUUUGUGUUCGCAAACGCCCUCUGGGCAUAAGGGAAGUACGUCGUGGAGAAAUUAAUAUUAUUACUGUAGAAGACAAAGAAACUCUGCUUGUGCAUGAGAAGAAAGAAGCAGUUGACCUCACACAGUAUAUUCUGCAGCAUGUUUUUUAUUUUGAUGAAGUCUUUGGUGAGGCGUGUACCAAUCGGGAUGUAUACAUGAAGACUACUCACCCACUCAUUCAGCAUAUUUUCAAUGGAGGCAACGCCACUUGCUUUGCAUAUGGACAGACAGGUGCUGGGAAGACCUACACCAUGAUAGGAACUCAUCAGAAUCCAGGACUUUACGCUCUGGCUGCCAAAGAUAUCUUCAGGCAACUAGAAGUGUCUCAGCCAAGAAGGCACCUCUUUGUGUGGAUCAGUUUUUAUGAAAUCUACUGUGGACAACUUUAUGAUCUCCUAAAUAGGAGAAAAAGGCUCUUCGCAAGAGAAGAUAGCAAGCAUGUGGUACAGAUAGUGGGACUGCGAGAGCUUCAGGUGGAUAGUGUGGAGCUCCUCUUAGAGGCGAUCUUAAAGGGCAGCAAGGAGCGCAGCACUGGAGCCACUGGAGUUAAUGCAGACUCCUCUCGUUCCCAUGCUAUCAUCCAAAUUCAGAUCAAAGAUUCAGCCAAGAGGACAUUUGGCAGGAUCUCUUUUAUUGACUUGGCUGGCAGUGAAAGAGCAGCAGAUGCCAGGGACUCAGAUAGGCAGACAAAGAUGGAAGGCGCAGAAAUAAAUCAGAGUCUUUUGGCUCUGAAGGAAUGUAUCCGAGCACUGGAUCAGGAACAUGCCCAUACUCCUUUCAGGCAAAGCAAGUUAACUCAGGUCUUGAAGGACUCUUUCGUUGGCAACGCCAAAACCUGCAUGAUCGCCAACAUUUCACCAAGCCAUGUGGCCACCGAACACACUCUGAACACCUUGCGCUAUGCUGACCGGGUCAAAGAGCUAAAGAAAGGCAUUAAGUGCUGUGCUUCAGCCACCAGUCGAAGUCAGUCAUCAGGAAACUCCUCUCCAAAACGAAUUCAGAGCCCCGCUGUGGUCCUGCCAGGGGACAAAUAUUCUCCCAAAAAAGUCAAGCUGGGCCUUCCACAGUCACUCACGGUAGCAUCUGGCUCCACAAGAGGGAAGACCAAUCCUCUGGCCAGCCACCCACCCAAUAUCCCUUUUGCUUCUGUACCUAAAGUCCCUGAAAGGGGGGGCUCCAGAGGCAGUCCUCCCCAGGAGUGGGCCAUACAGACUGGCCCUGCGAAAGGAACCAUGCAGUCUGGUCUUCUGGCUAAAAAAAAGCAAGAGGAGUCCGCACCACUGGGCUCGGAGAAAAGUCAAAUGGGCAACAAAACUACCCUUACGUGGGGAAGCAGGACCCCGUGCCCAGAAGGCCUAGUGCAUGGUAAGCUACCUGCCAAGUGCAAGAAAGUGCAGACUGUGCAGCCAGUACAGAAGCAGCUUAUGUCACGAGUCGAGCGCGCCUUUGGAAGCACCUGCCACUCAGCAGAGGACAAGGAAGGCGUGUCUGCCAGGCCUGCUCCUGGAACUUGGACAAACAUCCCCCCGCAUCAGAAAGAGAGGGAGGAACAUUUGCGUUUUUAUCACCAGCAGUUCCAGCAGCCACCUCUCCUCCAACAGAAGUUGAAGUACCAACCACUGGAAAGGUUUUUCUGCCAGUACAGGCCCCCAGAGGUUCGGCGCCAUAAUGAGACCCCUCCUGUGUUCCAGGGUCAUUCUGAGAGCCAGGAUGGAGCCCAAGCUGAGGACCUUGAUGACAGCGAUUUCAGUGAAGAUUCAUUUUCGCAUGUGUCCAGUCAGAGGAGCACUCUGGAGAAGAGCGAAGGCUCGUUCUUCCUUCAUCAGGGCAGGGGCCCAGGUCCUGAGGAACGCGUGUCAGAAAGGCCUCAGAGUCUCCUUUUUAGCCCCAGGGCAGGCGGUGAGGAGAAAGCUGAAAGCUGGGUAUACUCCAGGGACCCCCAGGGCCACAGAAGAGCAGCGUUCAAUCAUAGCCACAGCCCAAGGAAGGUGCCCUUGGAUGGGAGCAGAGACUCCACCUGCUCGGGGCCUUCUCCGGGAGACAGCCUGGCAGAGAGGCCUUACUGCCCACAGGUAGAUUUUGUAGUGAGGGACAAAAGAGGUGGAGGUCCAGCCUUUGAUGGCAGACAGGGAGCUUUCAGGAGUGGGAUUCCUGGGCAGGCAGAAGACAGCUCCUCAUGCCCGGGGGAAGACGGCUUCGCUUGCUCUGUGCCCCCAGACCGAAGAGACACAAGCACCACACCCCCAAGAGAAGCCUGUGAAGACUGCCCGACUCAGGCAGGCAGGACGGAGGAAGGCAGCAGUCCUUUCCAGGAGGGCUCUGCGGGGCAGUCAGGGGUGGGCUCCGACUGUGCUUCUGGCCUGAUGGCUCCCCUCACAGUGUCCCUCCUGGAGAACCCAGACGAUGAGGGUUCUCCCAUGGAACAGCUGGUCCAGGGAGGGGCUGUGCACAGACUAGCAGCAGAGAGCACGGUGGGACCAGCUGUGGGCUGCACAGCAGCAUCUGGUGAUAUAGAGGCAGCUGCUUUGCCAGUGUCUUCAGCAACUGGACACCUGUGGCUGUCCUCAUCUCCUCCUGAUGAUAAGCCUGGUGGUGAUCUGCCAGCUUUGUCCCCAUCACCCAUUCGUCAGCACCCCCCUGACAAGCUGCCCUAUGGGGAGGCUGGCCUGGGAGAGGCCUGCCUGAGUAGAGAGACUGCACUCUUCUCCCAGGACCAUGUGGGUAGUGAGCGGUACGAUGCUGAGAGCGAGCUGGGUGGCUCCUGGGGUUUCCCAGGAAAGCCCUUUUCUACGUUGCAUAUUGGGGUACCCUGUUCUGGACCUACACAAACAGAAAGAAAUGAAGUGGCUGGCCAGUGCUUGGCCCAGGAGAGAGAACAUCCUGCAGGGCUCGGUUGGCAGGAGCUUGGUUCCGCUGCAGACUCGAAGUUGCCCUGCUGCAACGAGGACAUCCUGUGGCUCAAGCGAAGGCCCAUCUCCAGGUGCUUAGCAAAGCCCAACUCUCCCCUGGCCCCCGGCUGCUCUCCUGAGGCUGCAAGGACACUCGGGACACUCCAUCAACCCACUGUAGCGCAAGCACAGCAGGUGGUCAUUCAGGCACACCAGGAACAGCUGGAUGAAAUGGCCGAGCUGGGCUUCAAGGAGGAGACUCUGGUGAGGCAGCUAGCAUCUAAUGAUUUUGAAGAUUUUGUGACCCAGCUGGAUGAAAUCAUGGCUCUGAAAUCCAAGUGCAUCCAGAGUCUGAGGAGCCAGCUGCAGGUAUACCUCACUUGCCACAGGCCAGCUGCAAGCCCUGAGAGGACAGCAGUGUCUUAAAGCAAGAUCCUGGACGGGACGGUGGGGGUAGUGCAAGUCCCUGUGCCAGCCCCUCGGGCUGGAGGUGGCCCGUCAAGUCCUCCCUGCACAUGCCAGAACCUCUGUACUGCCUGUGCUAGCCUCGUCUCAACACACAUGGCCUUCGAUGAGCCUUGUCCCUCCCAGUCCCCAGUACAGGAGCAGCUAGAAGAAAGGGAGCUUAGAGCUAGAAGAGAAUGCUUUACUAAGUCCUUGUCUGAGGGAGUACAGUCGGACCUAGCGCCCUGUGGGUGGUGUUACAUUCGAGGACUGGAGGAUGGGGUAGUUAGUGGUAUCUGACCUCUGGAGAUCAGAGGUCACACACACUCUAGGGAAGGACGGACAACCUGCUGACCCAGAAGCUUUAUCAGCUGAGUUCUGUCUAGUAAGAUUUAAACACUGGCCCUAAACAAACAGCAGUGUUACUGAGAAUGUUUUGAAAUUUUUAAAUGAAUAAACCUUGAUAUAUCUUCAGUAGCAGAUGUGAUGGCUUCUGGCUUACAGUUCCCUUCCCCUAGUUUUGAGAAAAAAAAGAGGGUGUCCAUGUCACUGCGUUCCUUUUCACAUCUCUGACUUCUGCCGGGGUGACAGGGCUGUGCAAUGCCCCCAUGCUUCCUCAUUCACACCCUUCAUGGAAUCCUUGAGGAGCUGGAGGGUCUCAAGCAAGGCUCCAGAGGCUGCAUCCCAGGUGUGCUGUCCCGGGGCACCCUGGCCACUCCAGCUACACCGCCUCUCACAGGCCCUGGCACGCAGUACUCCAGUCAACAGUGACUCAAUGUAUACACACAUAGUUCUGGGUACUGCUUGUUGUCUGUCUCUUCAGCAGGAAGACGCUCAAGGCAAGGAAGAGGUCUCCAAGUGCCCAUCACUGUCCAAGGCCGUCCAGGGACAAAUUGAGAUUUAUCACAGCCUGGGUCAUUGCUGUGUGACCUUUAAUUUCCUUCAGGUAAAGAGUAACUUUUUAAUGUUUUAAAAGGAGGGCUCAGUUAAAAGGCCAAGUCAACCAAGUAGCUUGUUCCAGUCUGCAGCAUUCUGGCCCUAACCACUCUUUGACCACCAGAGGGCAUCCUGCUUCCAUCUUGGUGCUUCCUGGCGCUAAGGCUAUGCAGCCUCUCCACACGUGAUCAUUUGAAAAACCCGAGACCCACUCUUUGUGGAGAGCCCAAGAGGGACGGUGGAACAAAGGACAAGAAACUUUAGGGAUGCAUCUAGUUCUAUUAUACUCAAACCAGGUGCUCCAACACAGAGCAAGUAAACGCCUGCUGCUGCUCACAGGAAGAGGAUUUCCUGCAUUCCCUUGAAGGCCCAGUCUGUCUCCCUUCCAGUAAGUCUUAACCGCAAGGUCGGUGUCCUCUGCCCAGAGACUGAGACAGGUCAGGUUUAAAGGCACUGGUCCGGACCUGCCUUUGCAGGGGCCUGUUCCUGGGUCUCACAGGCCUGGAGUAGGAAGAAAGUACUGAAAUGAGAGAAGCUGGUUAGAUCAUGUUCCACCCCCAGCAAAUCUAUACAGGAAGUCCCUUUACCACCCACUCUGCCCCUCACUAAAACAGCCCUUGACAAUAAAGAAAUUAGCAUGGCAGGAUAUACCUUUUAGAU